AUGGUGGUUCCGCCUCUGGAUGAUGGUGAUGGUGAUGGAGAUGGUGAUGACGUAGUAGUUGCUGAAGAUAAUGAUGAUGUUGUUGAGGAAGAUGGUAAGAAGCUGAGCAUUUAUUCCCUACCACCCGAGGCCGUACGUCGUGAUGCUGAAUACUUGCGUAGAUCUAUGUGUGAUGUGGUGAAACAAAAGGGGGCUGCCACUACAGUUUCGGCGAAAUCUUCGUGGGGAGACGACGGAAAAAUAUUGCUUAGUCUCAAAGAGUUCAACAAGGAAAUUCGCCAAAACAGUAGCCAAGAUGAGGGAAACUUGCUUAAGGAGUUUGAUGAUGUCUUUCCGGAUGAUAUACCGCCUGGAUUACCACCGUUGCGAGGCAUUGAACAUCGUGUUGAUUUUGUACCGGGUGCAUCAAUUCCUAAUAGGCUAGCUUAUAGGGCUGUCAAUGCGAUUACCAUAAAAUACCGGCAUUCAAUCCCUCGAUUGGAUGAUAUGCUUGACGAAUUACAUGGAGCACAGGUGUUCACAAAGAUUGAUUUAAAAAGUGGCUACCACCAACUUCGUGAAGAUAGUCUUAAGGUUGAUGAAGCUAAGGUUGCAGCGAUUCAAGAAUGGAAAAAAUGCACUAGUGUGGCUGAAGUUCGGAGAUUUCUUGGAAUGUGUGGAUUCUUUAGGCGUUUUGACCCACAUUUUAGUAUGAUAGCAGCCCCACUAACCUCCCUUUUGAAGAAGAAUGUUCUGUUUAAGUGGGAGGCAAGUCAUAUGGCCGCUUUUGAGAAGCUUCGGGACAGCUUGAUACAUGCUCCAGUUUUGGCAUUACCAAACUUUGAGCGGGCUUUUGAAGUACAAUGUGAUGCUAGUGGAGUUGGCAUAGGUGCCGUGUUGUUGCAAGAAGGACGCCCAAUUGCAUACUAUAGUGAGAAGUUCCAUGGGGCAGCUCUUAACUAUUCGACAUACGACAAGGAAUUAUAUGCGCAACAACUCAGUAAGCGUCAUGCUCGGUGGGUAAGCUUUAUUGAACAAUUUCCGUAUGUUAUUAAGUAUAAACAAGGGAAGGAGAACGUAGUUGCUGAUGCACUCUCUCGGAGCAUUAGCGAUGUUUUGAUUGAGGAGAGUCAUGGUAGUCAUAUACUUGGACAUUUUGGAAGACAUGCUACUUUUGAUGUUCUUAGUGUUCAUUUUUAUUGGCCACAUACGUGUAAACAUGUUGAUUCUUUUGUGGAUAAGUGUCUUGCUUGUAGAGUGUCAAAGAGUACUUUGAAGCCAAAUGUGGUUGACAGGUUUUCCAAAAUGGUGCACUUUAUACCUUGUGCGAAGACAACGGAUGUGAGUCAUGUGGCGAAGUUGUUCUUCCGAGAGAUUGUGAGAUUGCAUGGGGUUCCAAAAACCAUUGUUUCGGAUCGGGAUGUGAAACAUGUUAGCUCUACUACUCAUUUAUCUCCAUUUGAGGUUGUUUAUGGUUUUAACCCCUUAACUCCUACGGAUUUACUGCCACUGCCUAGUAGUGACCAUUUAAAUUUUAGUGGCAGGGAUCGUGCUACAUCAAUUAUGGAGCUGCAUGCCAAAGUACGGGAGAAUAUUGACAAGGCGGCCGUAACAUAUGCACGAUAUGCUAAUCGAGGGAGGAAGCGUGUGAUAUUUGAACCCGGCGAUUGGGUGUGGGUGUACUUGUGUAAAGAACGUUUCCCGGGGGUGUGGCGUGGGAAACUUUCCCCUCAUGGAGCUGGACCAUAUUGUGUAUUGGAGCGCAUUAACGACAAUGCCUACCGCAUUGCACUUCCGGAAGAGUUUGGCGUGAAUGCGACCUUCAAUGUUGCCGACUUGAGUCUAUUUGAUCAUGCCGAUGAUAUUUCUACUAUGGUGGAGCCUAGCCUUGAGGACAAGGCAGCCGAAGGGGGAGAGGAUGACAUGAUAUUGGGUGACCCGAACCCGAAUGUCAGCGGACCAAUCGCGACCCGUACCCGAUCAAAGACAUUACUUUGUUUAGAGGUUGUGAGCCGUUAA